AUGAAGCUGUUCCUGGUCCUGGCACUUGCCCUGCUGGGGGCCGUCUCUACUCACCAGCUCCAUGAGGGCGCCCCGGAGCAGGAGGUACCAGCCGAGCAGGGCGAGGAGGAGCCCGGGGAGCCGGAGCCACCGUGCCCCACAGAGAGCGAGAGCUUCAGGGUGAUAGUGCCUGGCCAGGGGGGCCACACCUGUCGCUAUGUGUUUGUGAACAAUUGCCAGACAUUUUGGAGAGCCCAGCACUUGUGUGCCCGUUGCUACCGCGGCCGCCUGGCCUCCAUCCACAACUAUGCAACCAACCAGCGCCUGAGAUGCACGGUGCGUGCCCGCACCAACCGGGCCCAGGUGUGGAUUGGGGGCAUCACCUCCCGCAGGCACCGGUGUCUGCGCUCCCACUGGGUCGACCACAGUCCCUGGAACUACAGCAACUGGGCCAGAGGGAACCCCUGCCGCACUGGGCGAACGUGUGUCGCCAUGUGCCCUGCAGGUGGUCAUUGGAGAAGCAUCAGCUGCCAGACUCGCCUGCCCUUUAUCUGCGAGUACUGA